ACGACUAUCACUACAUCUACUAUCGACUGCAAGUGUUCAACAUGAGCGGAAACCCACCGAGGGGACGGGGGCGUGGAGGCCCACAACGAGGUCGUGGCGGCGCCGGAGGGGGCUCCCCGGCACCCAGCGUUAGCACUGGGACAGGACGAGGAAGCAACUUCCAAGGCGACCGAGGUCGUGGAGGAGGCCGCGGAGGUCGUGGCGGGGGCAGCGACUUCCGCGGAGGUCGGGGCGGCGGAGGCGGGAGCGGUGGCGGGAGCAGCUUUGGUGGUGGCCGCGGUGGAGGUGGAGGUGGCGGAGGCCCCCGCGGCGGACCUGCGGAGGUCUUCGCUGCCGGUACGCCUGCGAGGCUGGAUCAGCGAGUUUCCGAGAUGGAUUCGCUGAUCAAGAGCUUUGGCAACCUCAAGGUCGGUCCGGAGAUGCCCCUGCGACCUGGCUUCGGCACCACAGGCAGACUCCAGAACCUAAGGGCCAACUUCUUCGCGCUACGCCUCCCCGCAGACCUGGCCAUCCACGACUACGAAGUGUCCAUUUCCCCGAACAAAGAUCUACGCAGGGCUCGCAAGGCGCGUAUUUUCGACCUACUCGAGAGUAGUCCGGAAUGCGCGCCUUUCCGAGACCAUAUUGCGCACGACAACAGCGCGCGGCUUGUGUCGGCCAAGGAGUUGCCCCAGCCACUCCAAGCGACUAUCCGCUUCUACGAGGAAGGCGAGUCGGGACCACGUGACAAUGCCCCCGUAUAUACUGUCGAGAUCAAGCAUGUUCGCACUCUUAACAAGCGGGACAUCGAUCCGAAAAAACGCGACUUUGACACCCUGCCACAUAUAUCCGCCCUCAACCUCAUCGUCCAAAAGCAUGCCGCCAAGAGCGGUAUCCGCGUCGGCGGCGACGACGAGCAGGACGAGAAGAAGCGCCAAGGCAAGAGCAAGUACUUCUUCCCAGCCGAGGAGCGCUUCCCGCUUAUACUCGGUCUCGAGGCUUGUCGUGGCUUCUAUGUUUCCAUUCGUCCCAACUUCAAGCAGCUGAUGGUGAACAUCAACGCCUGCAUGACCGCCUUCUACGUGCCUGGGAACCUCGCAGAGGCCAUGCUCGUCUUUCAGCAGCAGACCAGGACCAUACCCUCGGAGUUCUUCGAGAAGGUGAAGGUUGUGACGACGCACUUGGGGUAUCCGAAGAAGAAAGCUAUCUUCCGCAUUAUGAGUACCACGCCGCGCACUACAAAGUUCAACCACAAUAAGCACGGGGAGAUCUCAGUGGAGCAGUAUUUCAAGCAAGAGUACAAGAUUACACUUCAGCAUGCGAACUCCUUGCCAGUCAUCGAUAUCGGGAGCAAGGACAAGGCGAAUUUCAUGCCUCCUGAGCUGUGCGAGAUCCCUCCCGGGCAGCCAUACCGAGGCCUGCUCCCCGACAAGGCAACGGCGGAAAUGAUCAAGGUCGCCUGCAACACACCGGCAUUCAACGCGAGCCUUAUCGUCAACCAGGGCUUUGACUUGCUCGGCUUGCGGGGCAAUAACAGCACCCUCGUCAGCUUUGGCAUCAACGUCGAUCCCCAGAUGGCCGUCAUCCCAGGUCGUGUCCUCCCUCCGCCGAAAGUGACGUACAAGUCAGGCCAGCCUAAUGUCCGCGAUGGUGGAUGGAAUAUCCUUGGUGUAAAGUUCCACCAGGGCGGAGACAUGACCAACUGGGCUGUCUUAGUUGUUACCGACGGCCGUUAUGCCAAGUUCCAAUCGCCUCAAGACCCGCAACUUGUCUCGUUCCUGCAGGCGUUCAUGGGCAAGUGUCGCGCGAGCGGUAUGACCGUGGGUCAGAACCUACCGCCAAUCAUGCAAACCCCACAGCUGCCGCCGCCUCACCAGGACGCGGGUCGUACGCGUGCACUUGGCAUUAUUCGGGAUACGAUCAGGAACGGCUUACAACCGCAGCGCAAGCCAAGUUUCGUGCUCGUGCUGUUGUCCCUAGUCGACAAGUUCAUCUACCCAGGUAUCAAGCGCUUGUGCGACAUGCAGCUCGGCCUGCAGACGGUGUGCAUGCAGCUCGACAAGGCCAUGAAGGAGCGAGGGCAGGAUCAGUACUUCUCGAACGUGGCGUUGAAGGUCAAUAUCAAGCUCGGCGGAGUUAACCACAUGCUGGCGCCUGAAUCAAUGCAGUUUCUCACGGCGAAAAAGACCAUGCUCGUCGGCAUCGACGUCACGCAUCCGUCACCGACCAGUCUUAAGGGCACGCCGUCUAUCACCGCCGUUGUCGCGAGCGUGGACGACAAGUUCGUGCACUUCCCUGCCGGGCUUGCUCUGCAGCGGAACAAGAACAUCAGUAGAGACUCCGAAGAGAUGGUAGAAGAUCUCACGAAGCUCCUGGUUGAGCGUCUUCAGCUGUACGAGCAGAAGACGAGGACGCUGCCCGAACGCGUUCUCGUUUAUCGUGAUGGCGUGUCGGAGGGCCAGUACAAGCUUUCGCUCGAAAAAGAGCUGCCCCAGAUUCUGGACGCUUUCAAGAAGUUCAAUACCGCUGCGCGGAAGACGCCAUAUCGUCCUACGCUCUCUAUCAUUGUCUGCGGCAAGAGACAUCACGCUCGCGUCUACGCUACGGCUGCCGACCAGACAACGAAGAACGGGAACACCCUUCCGGGCACUGUUGUCGAUAAAGGCAUAACGGACAUCUACAAUCACGACUUCUACCUUCAGGCACACUACGGCCUUCAGGGCAGCGCCAAGUCUACGCACUACAUCGUCAUCUACGACGAAAACAAGAUUACCGCAGACCAGAUUCAGGUCGGAACGAACAAUGCGUCGUACAUGUACGCGCGUGCGACCAAGGCCGUGAGCCUCGUCCCGCCAGCUUACUACGCGGACCUUGCAUGCGAGCGCGCCCGCGAGUGGUUGAGCAUGCUCAUGAAUGUCGAUAGCCAGACGCGCUCGCGAGUUAGUUCGCGCGGAGACCCAGAGGCAGAGCGCCGUGCGCGCGAGCAAGUGUACACAGAGGCUGUGAAACAGUGGGGCAAUGGCAUCCACAAAGACCUACAGAACACUAUGUUCUACAUCUAGGUUCUUCUGCUAGUGUUUCGUCUUGGCCAUUAAUUGCUGGAUCGCCUUCGGAUGUUCACUCUCUGGGGUCCUCUUUCUUUCUUUCGCCCAUACUAUCUUCUCUUGCCCCCGAUCAUGCUUUCGUACGGUCAAUAAGCUUCAUAACUUGUAGAAUUACGCGCCAUACUACAACUCGACGCCUCAGCCAUUUAGAUUGUUGUACACUACUUAUACGUCCAUGAUAUCCCCACGGAGUCUAUCAGGCGUGCUUAUCGCAUCCGCCAUCCACUUAGACUGCUUCAAGGAUGACUGAACCAGCUUCUCACAACUCCAACUUCUUCUAUCCAGUAUUUGAGCUGGAGAACGAAGUGUUGAAGUUGACCCCGUAUGUGGUAUGUUGCGUGGGACA